AUGCUCUAUUUCUCGAAUUCGAAGGAUUAUCCUUUAAAACUACGAAUUGAAGGCGCAGCAGAUCCUUUCACCCCGUCAUGGGGUCUUGAUGUGUGGAAAGUGUUGUGCAGACACAUCCACAGAAGCAAGGAACUGAUUAUGGCGAUGGAUAAUCAGAGUGACAUUGUCGAUCUGCCCCCUCCUCAGCGCCUUGGCUUCUCCAAUCUCGGUUCAUAUUGCGAAGAAACGGCUCCGCCCUGUUAUUCUUCUUGGUUCUGGCAAGCCAUCAAGGAGGCACCAAGGCUCGUCAAUAUUUCAACGUUUCAUCCCUAUCCCAUUCUACGAUUUUCUCAGCUGACAACUUGGGAAGUUCUGAGUUUCGAGGGGUCUCGUGACAUGGAUAUCUUUCUCGAUAACGCACGGAGCUGUAGAUUUCUCAGUUCUCUUACGUUGUCGUCUAUAUGGAGCUCUGGUGGCGAUUCCACUGUGGCUGCUCGAGAGGUCAAGUUGCCCUCCCUCCGGCGGUUGUCAGUGCUCGCCUGCUACGACGAACUUGACGUGUUGUCCACUAUCCUUCAUUCCCUCGAUAUGCCUGCUCUCGAAUCGUGCUCUGUCCGAUAUGAGGAAAGGGCUUUGCCUUCUGGCUUGCUCGCCAUGGUUCGGCGAUGCUCAACUACGCUCAAGCGAAUUGCAUUUUCUUCGCGGGUCCCUCUUCUGUUCGAUCUUGUCCAAGCGGCUUCCGAAUUGACCCAUUUUCAGUUGUAUCUUGGAAGUUCACCUUUUGCUGACAGUACAGCGACGGUGUGUGAUUCUGAAGAUGGGAGACGCUGUCGUCCCAUCGUCGAUGAUAUGCUCUCGACCCUCCUUCUCAAACUCAGAGACGAUCCUCAUCCUUUCCCUUCUAAUCUCGACUUCCUUUCUCUUAUACUUCCGUACUUCACGCAACACACAACUAGUGGAGCGCAUGUUGGAGGUGUUGUCGGCAAGACGGCAAACAGCUCAUCCCUGAAAGAGUUUCACACUGCGUUUCUUUGGGUUGGAAGAGAAGGAAAUGAAGACGUCAUUGGGCCGGAAUUACUUGAGAGAAUUCGAGUGCUCGAAAAGAGUGGGAUCAGAGUUGUCGAGGAAAAUGAGGAUUAUAAAAGACAACAGUGGUCUUUGAUACUAAAAAAUUAA